AUGCAGGUUUCAAAACUCCAGUUACUACUGUGUACCCAGAUCUUUACCACCUUAAUAACAGGUAUCCAGAGCCAGUGUCCCAGUCCAUGCCACUGUCACGGUGACCUGCAGCAUGUCAUCUGUGACAACGUAGGUCUGAAGAAGAUCCCCCGCAUCACUGAGGCCACGCGCCUCGUCAACCUGCAGCGCAACAACCUGGGCUCGCUCGCUACUGGAAGCUUCAGUGAAAUGAAGGGACUUAUCUCGCUGCACCUGCAGCACUGCCAGAUCCGGGAGAUCGCCAGCCAGGCUUUCAAGGGCCUUAAAAAUCUCAUUUACCUCUACCUCUCCAACAACGAGAUCAGCACCAUCAAACCCGGGGCCUUCGAUGACCUCACCGAGCUUACCUAUCUUCACCUGGAUGGCAAUCAGAUCUCAGGUCUUUCCAAAGGCAUGUUCUCCCCCCUGAUAAAUUUGUUUACCCUGCAGCUUGACAACAACAAGAUCAGAGAACUGCAAUCAGGAAUCUUCACAGGUGCUAAAGACCUGCGCUGGCUGCAUAUGAGUCACAAUGAGAUAAGUUCAAUUCAACCUGGCAGUCUUGACGAAGUUGAAAACCUGGCCAUGCUUACUCUGGAUCAAAACAAGCUGUCGACAUAUCCCGUCCAGGCCAUGAGCAAGCUACGUGUCGUUGAGGAGCUCAAUUUGUCCAAAAACCCAUUGCGUUUGAUUCCUGAUUAUGCAUUUAGAAGCUUUGGUCGGUAUAUGGAAAAACUGCAUCUCAAUGAUAUGGGACUGGAGAAGUUCUCCAAUGCUGCUUUUGAGGGUGUGACAGCACUAAAGUCUCUGCAUCUUGAGAAUAACAAACUGAAGACUCUACCAAACAGUCUGGUUUUCACCGCACUGCAGAACCUCACCCUGUUCAACAACCCAUGGACCUGCAACUGCCAGUUAGCCAACCUUAGAAAAUGGAUGGACACCGGUCGUCAUCGCACUGAUGCAGUUUGUGCAUCUCCUGGAAAUCAGAAAGGCAAGCAAAUCAGAGACAGCACUGCUUUCAGCCGGUGCAAAACAAAGCCAAAAAAAGACAAGAAGAAAGCACAACUCUGAAAAGGAGUCUCAGAGCAGAUGCCUGUCCAGUGGACCGGCUUCAUGUGCACAGAAUGGAAG